GCGAGGGUAGGACCGCAUCCCGGAGCUGGCCGCUGGAGCUAGCUGCUCACAUCAGUAUCCAUUUAUCCGAACGACGAGCCCCAGUGUCGGAGUGCUGCUGUCGAGGCGCACACUCCCCUUGGCGCAUCACCUCAGGUCCAAACAUCUCUACCGGCUGCUGACACCGCGGAGAGGAAAGUGCGGAGCCAGGAAGCUACUCCGGGAUUUUUACUUCAGGAUUUCACAGGCUCUGGCCCAGCUUUGGUUUCAGGGUACAUUCACUACUCCGCAUCUUUUAUUUGAAAUACGGUUUAUCUAAUUUAACAAAGCAGAUGAAUCACUUUAUCCGUGCGUAAAAGCUGUGCUUUUGGGAUAUUAUACAAGAGCUCCAACCUUUCACUUUCUUCCUGAGAUGAAGACCGUGCGCGCUUCAAGAAAGCUCUGAAAUUACUGACUCGCACUUGUCUCCUCGUCACAAAUUGGGAACCAAAUGUAGAAAAGGGCAAAGCUUAUUAACUUUGCAUGCGAGGCUAUAGUGUGGAAUCUAAUUCGCAGGGUUCCAGUUCCAUUUGCAUAUCCCUGGAAAAGGAGGAUAAACUUGAUCGACGUUUGAUUCAAACCAUUGGGAUUCUAGAAUGCAUCUCCUCUAAUCUGGACCACACAAGUAUGAGGCAGAAGGACCAGUGAACGCUCCUACCUGCAUGGAGUUUUAGCCUGCACCACGGAGCAAUUUAUGGUUGGCCACAGAAGUCCUCCGGCUGUUGAACCGUGCCCACCUCGCCAUGCUGGCCUGUCUGCAGAGGAGGCAGAAUCCCCCUCCCCAGCACCCAGUGUGUACCAGCAAGGCCCUGGAACCACCACAAGCCCUGGGACGGAAAUGUGAGCUGGUGCCUACACACACUCCUCGCUACCCCUCAGCUGCAGAACUUGAUGCAUAUGCCCAGAAGACAGCCAACAACCCUCUCUCCAUCAAAAUCUUCCCCACAAACAUCAGGGUACCCCAGCACAAGCACCUUAAUAGGACUGUGAAUGGAUAUGACACCACAGGCCAGCGCUACAGCCCCUACCCACAUCUCCAUACAGGGGGAUACCAGGGCCUGCUGGCCAUCGUCAAGCCCUCCCCCUCUUCCUCAUCUGCCCCCAUGUUUGUCCCAUCAAAAGGAGUUCUUAAGAACUCUGACGGAAGACGGACUAAGCUCUCUCCAGCCCACAUAGCGGUUGCCCCAUACCCACCACCAAAUAGUAGCACUUUAGCCACAGGCCAUGGCCAAAUGGUCUAUCCUCUUGGACCCACUAAGCCUCAAGAAGGAUCCGGACUGUCAGUUCCACCAAAUGUCACUGUUGCAGGAUCUGUGAUUCCGGUAACAGGAGGGCGAGGCCUCACUCUGCCCCCACAGUCAAACCUCCCUUCAAUUCAGAGCAUCAUCUAUCAGAUCAACCAGCAAUGCCAGGCACAGGCCAUGCAGCAGGCAUGUCAGGGAGCUGCCACCGCGUCAUCAAACGCCAGCCCCUCUAAACAAGGCUCCACGGUGAUGGGCUCCUCUGGCUCCUCAGGGGGAGGCUAUGGGGUGGCUAUGGGGCCCCAGGGUAACAUGGUAUACACUGGACCUGUACCAACUCAGAACUCGGAGGCAAUAAAACAUGGGGUUUACCCUGACAGCAUGGACUACAUCCUUUGGCAAAAGCAGCAGCAGCAGGCUGUGCUCCGUAUGUACAGUGGGGGCAGUGGGGGUGGGGGCGCCGUCAGCAAGUCCCCUGAAUCAAGUGUUCCUGGAGGGAUCAUGGGCACCCAGGGGUCCUCCUCCUCCUCCCGACCUUAUCAUCUGACAGCGAGUGGCGGAGGCGGGCUGGACAAAGUCAGUUCAUCCCCUUUGAACUGUGUUGGGAUGCAUGGGAACUUCUCAGUGGGGCAAUACUUUGCUCCACCGUGGAACAGUGUGUUGGUUACUCCAGACAGUGACUGCUACAACCCCCAGGAGAUUUUGGGCACUUCUACAGGUGGUCCUGCCACAGGCCACAGAGAGCUGGGCUAUCCCCAUCACCACCACUAUCAUCACCAUCAGCACCACCCCGCCAUGGACAGUGGAGGCGCUCUAUGCUGCAGUCUGCCCAGCAAAAGCCUGUGUAACACAUCAGUUCUGAGCAGCAGCCUGCAGUCGUUGGAGUACCUAAUCAAUGACAUCCACCCACCCUGCAUCAAGGAGCAGAUGCUCGGGAAAGGCUACGAGACGGUGUCUGUGCCGCGGCUGUUGGACCACCAGCACGCACACAUCCGCCUCCCUGUUUACAGAUAGGGAGGACAGACAGGGACAGAAUUCAGAAGAAAAAUCAACACAUUGUUGUGGUUCUUUGGCUAGAGUUUGUGACACUGCAAUGACAGUGAAUAAGAGUAACCAAGAGUUGUUGUGCAGUAUGGUACUAGGUUUGGUUGGAAUUAAGACAAACUGUAAGACACUAAAUUUAAAGGGAUGUUCCAUUGUGUGAUAUGC